AUGCAUCUGGGCUAUGCUCUUCUACUAGUAGUCACGACAUUCCUCGCCUGUGUCAGUGCCUCCCUGACAUCUGAUCUCCCAACAGUGUUUCAGCCUAUUGCAGACGAGGUGAACGAUUUCUCCUCAUCCAGACUGCUACGGUCGCAUGAAGAGCGAGGAAUUCCGGUCUCCACAAUUGGGAAUAUUAAGAGCAAGUUCAUGCCGUCGACAAUCUCGGAGAAAACACUGCGCGGUUGGCUAAAUGGAAGGGAAAAAGCAGACGAUGUGUUCGUUUGGCUGAGUCUGGGCCGCGGAAAGGGUGAAUUAUUCAACAAGCGGAAAUUUGGUACGUGGGUCAAGUACGUCGAUGAUUUAACCAAGCAGCAUCCUGGAAGUGGAAUCUCGACGAUCUCAAAGUUAACGUCUUACUACGGCGACGAACGCUUGUCACAAAUGAUCAUCGCCGCACAGAAGAACCCAAAAACCCAGGAUUUAGCUGCCGAUCUGCAGAACAGGCAACUUCAGUACUGGCUGGAUAACAAAAAGGCACCAGCGAAAGUCUUCAAGCUGCUGGAGCUGAACAAGGCGGGUGGCAAUUUGGUUGACAAUCCUCAAGUCUCCGCUUGGCUAAGUUAUGUGGCUGAUUUCGAGACGAAAUUCCCAAAGCAAUCGGAAAAAGCCAUUCCGAUGUUAACGCGUCGCUUCGGCGAUGAAGCGGUGUCGAAGGCUUUGCUUAAGGCAAAGCAAACUCCCGGUACUGCGAGUAUCGCGGAUAAACUGCACGGUGAGCAAAUCCAGCGUUGGCUGGAUACUGCAACGUCUCCUAAAGAUGUUUUCAAGUUCCUGACACUCAAUAAGGCAGGUGAACAACUUCUCGAAAACCCGCAGUUUGCAACUUGGCUAACGUACGUGGACGAUUUCAAUACGAAAAAUCCACCGAUAUCGAGAAUUUCGGUCGUGGCGAGUUCCUACGGCGAUGAAGCACUCUCAAAGCUCCUGCGUGAGGCGAAGCAGGUACCAAGGACAGCAAAUAUCGCCAAUAAACUAGACGGAGAGCUAAUCCAGCAUUGGACGGACACUAAAACGCUCCCUAAAACCAUGUUCAAGCUCCUGGAACUCAACAGGGCAGGUGAUAAACUGUUAGAAAACUCACAGUUUGCAACAUGGCUAACCUAUGUGGACGAUUUCUACUCGAGAAAUCCUCGGAAUCCGAGAGUUUCGAUCAUGACGAGUUACUACGGCGACGAAGCGUUGACACGUCUGCUAAUUAAAGCAAUGCAGACUCCAAGUGAAGCAAAUAUCGCUACUAAACUCCACGAAGAGCAGCUUCAGAGUUGGAUAUAUAGUCGGAAGCUGCCUGGAGAUGUCUACAAGCUCUUAUCGCUGGACAAGGCAGGUGAAAAACUGUUUGAUCACCCACAGUUCAUGAAGUGGGUGAAAUACGUGGAAGAUCUUAACAAGGUACAUCCCGACAAGAAAACGACUUUAAUGUCGGUUUUGGCUAAGCAGUACGACAGUGAAGGGUUGGUAAAACUGCUGCAAUCGGCGAAGAAUAACCCCAGCUGGGCGAAACUGGUACAGCAACUGGAGACAGAGCAGAAGUGGAUGGCGAAAGGAACGCCCAACGACUAUUUCAAGCAACUCAAACUCGAUAAGGUGGGAAAAGAUGUGCUGAGCAACCCGCAACUCAAGACCUGGCUCAACUACGUGAAGGAGUACAACGCAGCGAACCCUAAAUAUCAGGCCACACUGAUUGGGACAUUGGCGGCGAAUUAUGGAGAAAUGAAACUGGUAAAAAUGCUCGAUGAAGCGAUGAAGGUGAAAGAUACGGCGAGUGCUGCCAAGAAACUACAGAGCGAGUUAUUCCAGCGCUGGAUACAACUAAACUGGACUCCGGAGUACAUCUUUGCCAAGGUGCUCCGUCUUGACCAAGAUGGAAAUAAGCUCUUUAGAAAUCCGCUGGUGACCACGUGGGGAAAAUAUUUAAUUGCUUUUAAUCGGGAUAAUUACGGCAAGGAAACGACGAUAAGGAGGAUGUUGGCGGCUACGGGUAUAGACCCCGACGACUUGAGACCUGUGGCUGACAAAGCUCCAGAACAGUUUUUCGCUAUGAUGGGACUCACCGAUAAGGGACACAACUUACUGAUAAGCCCUGAAUUCGCCAAAUGGAUUCACUACCUCGAUGACUUCUACGACGAGCUGCGUAAUUCGCGUAAAACCAUGAUGACGACAUUACGCAACCACUACGAUGACAAAUCGUUGGUAAAUAUGAUCACAUCAGCCUCGAAAAUCUCAAAAACGAAGGAGAUUGCUAAAAGCGUGGAGUUCGAGCUGUUUAAAACCUGGCAUGACGUCUCUUAUAAGACGACGGACGAAAUCUUCACGAUCCUCAACCUUGACCGAGCAGGAUCAUCACUAUUCACCGGUCCUUGGUUGGACACGUGGAUUCGGUACAUGAUUAUGUUUGACGAAAGAUAUUUCCGCGAUCACAUGCCCAAGAUGCUUUUGAAAUACUACGACGAGAAUGAUCUGUCACAGAUGAUCAAAACGGCAAAGAGCAAUCCAAACACAGAAAAACUGGCCUCGGAGAUCGAGGAUGUGCUAAACCUUUACAAGAAAUGA